CCUUGAGCGACAGAAAAGUCAGUCACAAAAUGUCAUUGUCAGAACAGAAGAGAGAAUGGUUUUCCAUAUAAAAUUACGAGAACUCAGCAAACUCCUGGUUCUGAACACAAGGGUAGCAUACAUUUCCUGCAGUCCUUCUCGCUAUGCUCAUACCAAAGGAUACGACAGUAGUUGUAAGCAGAACAUUCUCUACAUGGAACCUUGCUGCAAGGUAGCCGUGAUCACUGGAGGUUCAGACGGUAUAGGCUUCGCCACGGCACAACAACUGCUCUGCUGCAAAGCAAAACACGUGGCCCUGAUCGGCCUGGACAUCGCCAGAGGCCUGGAUGCAGUGAACACUCUGAACUGCUCUCACGGGAAAAACAAAGCUACUUUUAUUAAAUGCGACGUGAGGAACAAAGAAGCUGUCGACGACACUUUCCUGAAGAUCAAAAACGAGUUCAAGAAGGUGGACAUCAUCGUCAGCGCCGCUGGAAUCUGGAACGAACAGAAAUGGCAGGAGCAGAUUCAAACCAACCUGAUCGGAACCAUCAACGUUAACCUAGCUGUGCAGGAAUGCUUUCGUAAGUCGAACACAGUCGUUAUCAAUAUAGCAGGGCUUUCGGGAAUACAACCUUUUCCUUACUCCCCGAUUUUCGCCUCUGGCAGUACAGGCAUCGUCAAGCUGUCACAAAGCUUCGGCCAUCCGGAUAACUUCGUGAGGACUGGAAUAAGAGUCGUGGCUCUUUGUGCUGGUAUCACUUCCACUACUCUGAUUAAGGAUGUGGACCAGCGCAUGCUCAAUCCGGAGAUGGGCAAGGAGCUGAAAGAGUUCCUGAAGACUGCGAUAUGCCAGAAACCUGAUGCUGUGGCGAAAGCUGUGCUGGAAGUUGUCAAGUUCGGGGCUACUCAUACUGUGUGGCUUGUGGAAGGGUCUAGAUUACUGCAUCUAGAGAUGCCCGACUGGAGGAAGCACUGUGUUCUAGUAUCUCAAUUCACGUGAUUUUACAUGUAUCCCUAUUUUAUGAUUAUACUCUUUCAUACCUGU